GUGACGUUAUUGUCAUCCAGGAUCCACACAGAUGCUGUGCACGAAUGUAUUUCUCUGUUGAAGUGAGAUGUCUGCUCUCCCUGCAGAGAUGGAGCCUCAGAAUCAAAACCUGACCUGCAUCAUAUGCCUGGACCGUUUCCAGAUCCCUGUGACCAUCCCCUGCGGUCACACCUUCUGUCAAAGUUGCAUCACAAUUCACUGGGACACCAAGAGCAAGGCUGGUAUCGGAGCUCAUUGUCCCAUCUGCAAGGCGGAGUUUGACACCAGGCCCAUUCUCAAGCGUAAUGUGUCCAUGUCAGUCUUGACUGAGGCUGCAAACAGCACAGGCCAACCCUGUAGAGAGUCGCUCAUGAGGGCAGGCGAAGGGGCGAGAGCCAUGCUGCUGUGCGACCGCCACAAAAAGCCUCUGGUUUAUUACUGCAAGCAGUGCAAGAUGUCUGUGUGCUGCAAGUGUGGCAUCUCCGAAUGCGGGAACCACGAGAAGGUCAUGUUGGAGGCAGAGAGGGAAGUUCAAGAGCUGCUGCUGGAAAGGAAGAGUAAGGAGGUGGGGAAACUGGCUGAAGAGACGCAGAAAAGUAUAAACGACUUGACUGAGAAUAUCAGUCAGGCUAAGGUGACUCUUCAGCAGACUUCCACCUGGGUCAGUGUCAAGUUCUCCAGCUUGAUUAAAAUACUGGCUGACAAGCAGCAGGAUACAGAGCUCUCUACCGAGGAGCAGAAAGAAGCUGCCAUCACGGAGGCGGAGGCACGGCUAGCUGAACUCAAGGAGCGCUCCCAGAUACUCCGAGAGAGCCAGGGACAGAUAGCAGCUGUACUUAACCUCUCUGACACAGAGCUCAUCAAGGAAUCAAUGGUCAUAGAAGUUCCACGUUUCCAAGAUAUCCCCACAGAUGUAACGUCAAACCUUCAAGAGCGAUUAAACGGCGUCACAGAAGUCCUGUCCCGAGUCUCCAAGCUGGUGUCUGAAGACCUCGAGAAAGCCGUGAGCGCCGCCGUGGGUCCGGACAAAGAUGGUUCUCCUCAGGAUAAGAGGCCGGUCCUAGCUGUGGUUCCCAGUCCGGCUGCUCCGUGCCACCCUGGUGGGAAGGAGGGCCUCAGUGCUUACCGGUGCGCUCUGACCUUUGACCCUCGCACAGCCAACGGGCACCUGUCUCUGUCCCAGGAGAACCGGAGGGCGGAGCACCUGAUCUCCGGGCCACGUCCCGUCACAGCCAACGAAGCGCGCUUCGACCACACCUGGCAGGUGCUCUGCUUCCAGGGCUUCACCCACGGACAGCACUACUGGGAGCUGGAGGUGUCCAAGCCCUGGGCCUACCUCGGGGUAACCUACGAGACCAUCCCCAGGAAGGAGAAGGGCAAGAGGUGCAUGGUGGGUAUGAACGAACUGUCCUGGAGCCUGCAGCUGGACGAGCACCAGCUCAGCGCCUGGCACAACGGCCGGCGGGAGACCCUGGCCGGCCACUCGCAGCACAGCCGCAUCGGCAUGCUGCUGGACUACGAGGCGGGGACGCUCACGUACUACGGAGACGGGCAGACCAGGCUCCACGCCUUCCACUGUGCCUUCAGCCAGGAGCUGUUCCCCGCCUGCUGGAUAGGAGAGGGGGUCAGCAUCACCCUCUGCUCAACAUGAGCUGACUCAUACAGAAAAGGAAGAGAAGCACUAUCAAACAUGGGCACUAGCUGACUCAACGUAGAGGAUCCCCUUAAUCAUUUCUGAGGUUUUUUAAUUAUUUUUUUUGUCUUUACAAUGACUGCCUUCCUCUACAUUGUUUUAAGCAGGAGCACUGACUGUAACGGGCCUUCUCCCCCUUCACGUCACUACUUACCACAACAAUAACAGAGCUAAGGAAAUGGUGACAAACUCUGGUGCUAAAUGGCCAUAUAGCACUACAAAGUAUGUAUGAAAUAACCCUCAACUUUAGAUAGAUGUCUGCUUUCAGCUAGGAAAAGACUACUCAACUCAGUAUGUCAGAUUAUUGUAUUUUCACUACACAAAAUUGAAUUUCCUCGUUCACACCCAUUACAGGUGGUUGGGCCGACAGGCAAACAAGACAUUAUAGAAGACUUUGAGUUAGAAACCAGAGAGUUUCUGAGAAGGAGAUGAGUACGGCGGUGUCAGUUCAUCCAUCGUGUUUUUGAGAGUGUUGGACUACAACUAAACUGGCUACUCCUGCUUUGUUUUCCUUAACCCUUAGUGUUAAAGCUAGGGUUGGU